AUGGCGGAGAAAGAGUGUCGCGAUGAUGGCCAGAAAACCACGGUCGUCGUCGGUGCUGAUGUUGAGAAUCCUCCCACGCGCUACCAGCCUACCAGAUGGCAGAGUAAUAUCACCAUUGCGAGCUGUUACAUCGCCAACUUCAGCGACGGCUACCAAAAUGGCCUCGCCAAUCCCACCAAUGUGAUCUUCAAGCACCUGCUCGGCACCGACUUCACCUCCGAGAUGAAGACGCGCAUCAGCAACUCACUGCUCAUCGGCGCGAUAAUCGGUAUCAUCGUACUGGGUUAUGCAUCAGACAUGUUCUCGCGACGGGCAGGGCUACUAUCCACAUCGUCGAUUGUAGCUAUCGGGACGUUAAUGGCAACAGUCGCACUGUCCGUACACCCGACAAUGAACAUGCUAUGGUAUUUCAUCGUCGUCCGCGGUAUCGCAGGUUUCGGCGUCGGCGGCGAAUACCCCCCUAGCGCAGCAGCAGGAAUCGAAGAAACAGAUGAAUUCAUGCGCCGAUACCGCGGGCCCAUGUUCGUCUCCUUCACGACACUAAUGGCCACUCUCGCCAGUCCCAUUCUCAUGAUCAUAUACCUGAUUACGCUAGUCGCAAGUAACAAUAACCUAACCAUCGCCUUUCACGCCAUCUACUCAAUCGCCACUAUCCUCCCUGUGAUCAUCAUCGUCAUGCGAAUCUUCAUGGCUGACUCGACGCUAUUCCAUUACUCGAAUUUCAAAAAUCAGCGUAAAUCCCCACGUCUUAUUCUCCUCUUGCUGCGGCGGUACUGGUGGCGCAUCACGACUACAUCGCUAGCAUUCUUCCUCUACGACUUCAUCAACUUCCCCAAUAGCAUCAUGUCAAGCACCAUCAUCUCCUCCCUAGUCAAGGAUAACAACGUCCGCACAACAGCAAUCUGGCAGGUAAUCCUCGCCGUCCUCCCAGUGCCUGGCGUACUGGUAGGCGCCUGGCUAACGAACCUCAUCGGCCGCCGCUGGACCGGUAUCGCUGGUUUUGCGGGGUACGUCGUCCUGGGCUUCGUGAUAGGCGGUACAUACACCAAACUGUCGCAACACAUUGCUGCCUUUGUCGUCUUGUACGGGUUACUGCAGGCAUUCGGCCACAUGGGCCCCGGCGCAACAAUCGGCCUUAUCUGCUCCGAGUCAUUUCCGACUGCAAUGCGAGGCAUGGGCUACGGUAUUGCAGAAGCAUUUGGUCGUGCCGGGGCUGCGGUUGGAACGCAGUGUUUCACACCAUUGCAGGACUGGGCGGGUGAUAGCGCGACGUUUUAUCUUGCUGGUGCGGUGGCUGUUGUUGGGAUGUGUGUUUAUUGGCUUUUGCCGGAGAGUGGGGGGUUGGAUUUGGAGGAGGAGGAUAAGGUGUUGAGGGUUUGGUUGGAGGAGAGGGGGUUUACGAGUGAUGGGGUAGCUAGAUAG